CAACCAAAAAGGGGCGUUAUGUAGGCAUUGGUGUGUGAGAGAGCCAGCAGUUUCAGACAGAGAGAGAGAGAGGGUUUGGGAUUGGGAAGGCGAGGGAUUGACGCUGCGUCUCUUCCUCUUCUCUUUCGAUCCAUCCCUCGUUCCUAAUCCUCCAACCACAUAUCUGAACGCACCCAUGGCUUCAAAGCGCAUCCUCAAGGAGCUCAAGGACUUGCAGAAGGACCCACCAACUUCUUGCAGCGCUGGUCCAGUGGCUGAAGACAUGUUCCAUUGGCAAGCGACAAUUAUGGGUCCUGCUGACAGUCCUUAUGCUGGAGGUGUAUUCCUAGUCACUAUUCAUUUCCCUCCGGAUUAUCCUUUCAAACCUCCUAAGGUUGCCUUUAGGACUAAGGUCUUUCACCCGAACAUCAAUAGCAAUGGUAGCAUUUGUCUUGAUAUCCUGAAGGAGCAGUGGAGUCCUGCACUUACCAUCUCCAAGGUACUGCUUUCUAUCUGUUCAUUGCUGACUGAUCCAAAUCCUGAUGACCCACUUGUUCCGGAAAUUGCUCACAUGUACAAAACUGACCGGGCCAAGUAUGAGGCCACUGCACGCAGCUGGACUCAGAAGUAUGCCAUGGGCUGAUUUGGGUUUAGAUAAUGUAUAUUGAAUGGCAUUUGUGAAAACUUUUGUGGGUUUGCUUUUCUCUUCCUGUUUUCUGGGGUGAGAUUAUGUUUCUGUUAUGAGGGAUAGGGAAGGGCGGUGUCUUAGUUUGAUAAAAAAAAUAACUAUGUUCAACCACUGUGAUGUUUUAUCAUGAUGCAAACACAUGAACAGGAUGUUAUUUGUGUCAUGGCUGUGUUGUAACUUUCUAUCAAGUAAUGUAGAAAUAGUGAUAUGUAACAGACCUUUCCCAUGAUGUUGUUUUGAA